UAAAUCAAAUAUUCAACUAACAAGACUUCCCAUUUUAUCAGAGAAAUAAUUAUCAUCAGAAUUAGAAUUAUAAUAAUAAUAAUAAUAAAAAAACUUUCAAUUCGUUUUCAGCAGAGCGAGCUACGAUGGCGAUGCAAGCUGGAAUGGGUGUUUCCAAACUUAUCUUCAUUAUUGGCGCAGGAUAUACUGGGACGUUGAUGCUUCAAAAUGGUAAAUUAUCUGAUGUAUUGGGUGAACUUCAGGCUUUGGUGAAAGGAUAUGAACAAAAGAAAGGGGAAGGGGCUGAAGAUCAUGCCGAUGCCAUUGCUGCUCAAGUUCGGCGAUUAGCAAUGGAAGUUCGUCAGCUGGCAUCUUCCAGGCAGAUCACCGUUCUGAAUGGUGGCGCUGGUGCUAAUGCGACAUCUCUAGUGGUACCAGCUGCUGCCGUGGGUGCCGCAGGUUAUGGAUACAUGUGGUGGAAGGGUUUAUCAUUCACGGACCUGAUGUAUGUGACCAAGAAAAAUAUGGCAACGGCUGUCUCAAAUCUGACAAAGCAUUUGGAACAAGUAUCAGAUGCUCUGGCUGCAGCCAAGAAACACUUGACACAGAGGAUUGAGAACUUGGAUGAUAAAAUGGAGCAGCAAGUGGAAAUGUCCAAGUUGAUCAGAAGUGAUGUAAACGGUGUCCGCGAUGAUCUUUCCCAAAUAGGCUAUGACUUGGACUCACUAAAUCAAAUGGUGUCUGGUUUGAAUGGCAAGAUAAUGACAUUGGAAGAAAAGCAGGACUUAACUAACCUUGGAGUGUGGUACCUCUGCAACAAGGCUGAUGGAAAUAAGAUCUCUGGCAAGGCACAAGAACAAUUUAGACUUGCUGGCAGAUCUGCUGCUGGUUACCUCACAUCUGGAGGAACACUGAGUCUUGAGGGUGUGAAGGAAAUUGUCGACAAUUUGGAUUCAGAAGGUGGUCCAGUUGGAUCUGGCAACCAAUCGAGAAAGCUGACCAGGAAAAAUACAGUGAAGUUCAGCUCUUGAACCAACCAGAGGAUAAUGCCGAGGAGUUACUAUGGAAAUUGUAACUUGCACUGAACUUAUUUUUUUAUGCCCAAUAAGCGAAAGCAUUGAGAUGUACUUUGUCCUUUCGUGGGUAGUAUAUAACUAAGUAUACCUUGAAGUUACCCAAAAAACUAUAAUAUGUGGUCACAUAUCUUCAUGUUGUAGCCGUGCUUUUAUCUAUAUGAUCAACUUAUAUAUGCAUUUGUUGUGCUGUUGUGCUCAUAUGAGCAUGGCUGAAACUCUGAAAGACAUCUGAUUCUGAGGUGAAACACUAUUCUUGAUCAAUCAUAUGAAUCUUUAUACUCA